AUGGCAAUCCCCUCCACCUCCACCUCCACCUCCACCUCCAUCGAGGACCUCCACCCCGACGUCCUCACGCGCACUCUUCGCCUCCUCGACGGCCCAACCCUCGCCGCAGCCUGCUCCGCCACCUCCCACCUCCGUUCUCUCUCGUCCCAAUCCGAUCUCUGGCUCCACCUUUGCCUUUCCACCUGGCCCUCUCUUCACCAUCCCCGAAUCCUCCCUUUCCUGUCAAUCUCUCCGCGUUCCUUCUUCUCCGACGCUUUUCCCUUCCCCGACGCAUUCGCCGCCGGCGAAGUACAACUACCCGAUCAACUCAUCUCCGCCGUAGACAUCUACCAUCGCGGCGUCCACAUCUUUUCCCGCGUCAUAGAGACCGAUACUUCCUCACCGUGGUUCCGCGGAUCCCCCUUCUUGAUCGACGCUAUGGAGGAGAAAGCAGAGGCGGUGCUUCCGGGGGCGUCUAUAUCUCCUGAGGAGCUGACGCUGAGUUGGAUCUUGAUUGAUCCAGCGAUGGGUCGAGCGGUUAACGUGUCGAGCCGGCGAGCAGUGGGGAUGGAGCGGAACUGUUACACAGGGGAGACGAUGGUGCGGUUCGCAUCGGCUGCGGCGGCUGGGGAAAGGGUUAUCGGAGCUGUGGUCACGUGCGAAGAAGGGACGGGGCACGUGCGGGAUGUGGUGCUCACAGCUGAGGACAUUGAUGGCGCGUGCGUGAGCGGGGAGGAAGCGCUGAAGUUUGUGAGGGCGAUGAUGGAGGCGAGGAGGAAGGGGAGGGGGAGAUUGGAGGAAGAGGAAGAAGCGAAGCAGAGGUAUUUGGAGUAUUUGAGGAGGAAGAGAAGGAGGAAGGAAAGUAGGGCGAGGCGAGAAGGGGUUCUGGAUAUGUGCUGCACGGCCGUCGGAGUCGCCGUCUUCUUCGCGUUUCUAUCACUGAUCGCUUUCCGGUGA